UCGUGGCCGAUUUGUAAGGUUCUCCCCCUACACACAUACGCUGACGACGACACGCAGUCAAAGUUCUAACCAUCAAGCCAAUUUUGAAGAUUUUUUGCCCGUAAAUUACGGAGGACUAGAGAUCAAGAUCUGGAGGAUAUUCAGUCUGUCAACUGGAAAGAGCUCCCAUAAUGAGUACUGUGCAGCCACCCUCAAAAAUAGUGCUCAAAAGCACAACUAAACUAACUUUAAAUGAUCGGUUUACAAAGAUGAUCAAAGCAGCACCGACAUCUCCGACGGGAAGGAAAGCCGCUGCAAGGCAGGAUGCUCAGGUUUCCCAGGCUAACCGUCGACUUGCCCAACAGAUGCAGAACAGACCUUCCGUCAGGGCAGCAUUGGGCAUACCAACAUCUCCGCAAACACAGCAGCAGCAGUUGCCAAAGCAGAGUGUGCAAGCCAGACUGGGCACCACAACACCGGGACAGAGCAUACAGCAACGCCUGGGCAACCUACGGGGGAGGGGUGCUGGCAUGAGAGGGAGAGGGGCUUUUAGGGGUGGCAGAGGGGUAGGGAGGGGGAUGAUGCAAAGAAAUACACAAGUGGGUGUGGCAAAUAGAGGCAUGGGUGUGGCCAGGGGUAGGGGUAGAGGAAGGGGUAUGAUGGCAAGCAGGGGUAUGGUUGGUCAGGGGCAGAGAAGACCCAUGGGGCGGGGAAUGAUGGCCAAGCAAGGACAGAGGGGAAUGAGAGGGAGAUACAUGGUCCGUGGACGAGGAGGCGCAAUGGCAGCACCCGGUGGACGAGGCAGAGGGAUGAACCGUGGAGCUGGCAGAGGGAUGCAGAGAGGUGGAAUGCAGAGAGGAGGAAUGCAGAGAGGAGCCAUGAGACAGCGAGGCCGAGGAGCUUUGGCAGGAAGAGGUCGACAGGCACGAGGUCGUGGCAUGAGGGCGCGUGGUAGGGGAGCCCAGAGGGGGCGUGGUGCAUCCAACCCACAGAUGAGCAAAGAACAGCUUGACAAUCAACUUGAUGCAUACAUGUCAAAGACCAAGUACAGUCUUGAUGCCGAGUUAGAUGCAUACAUGGCUGAUUCCGGUGUUUGAUAUCCAUGCCCUUCUGCAUUGUGUUGUCUGAUAUGUACUAAUUUGCAGUUGCCACUAAGCUAGGACAUUGUCUCAAAGAAAUCUGUAUAUAGUUUUUAUAUGAUUCGUUUAGCAAAGAUAUUCAUUUUCUGUUGAUACCUAUUGUGGAAUAAUGUAACAUUAUCAUUCAAGUAUUUUAGAAAUGUACCAAUUAAGAUAUACAAAAUUAGUUGUUGUUUUUUUAGCAGAAAUCCUUUUUCACAUUACUCUACAGAGAAAUGCCAAGCCCAACAGUAUUAUUAGAAUGUUCAUAUCUGAUUUGCCCAAAGCCUGUUGUACAGGUAGCUCUGUAUUCACAGGACUUCUGAUAGACAGACUAAACCCAUUUCAAGCGAGAUUCUACUUUUUGUGAUCAGGGGGGUGUUUCACAAAGAUAUAAACAUGACUUAAGUCGCACUUAGAUGCCGACGCAUACAUGAUAUGUGACGCGCGAUCUUAAUGAUAGAUACGCAUUAGUGUGCCUCCUCAUGACACGAUCUGACCAAUGCCUUUCAUACCGUACACAACUCAGUUAUUUAAGUGCGACGUUAAGUCAUACUUAAAUCUUUGUGAAACACCCCUCUGGGACUCCACACAUUUUUUUUUAUUACCUGUACUAGAAUGUAUUUUCAUGACAAAGUAUCUCUGGUUUAAUUAAUGAAUGCAUAUAAUAAAUGAGGAUAAAGCUUUAUGUUGGAUUUCAUGUUCUGGUUGUUUUGUAAUGAUGCCCCAAUAAAAAUUUCCUCCACUGUGGCUCCACAUUAAUUAAAAGAGGGUACUUGUUAUGAUAUCAUCAACAUCAUUAAUAGUGUUUACGGUACUUUAAAUUCAGCUGCAAUUGGGAGAAGUAUUGGAAAAAAUGUUUAGCUCUAACUUUUUAAAUCUACUGUCUUGUAUAAAGAGACUUGCCUGAUUUAUUUGCAGCAUUUGUGCAACUCUUUACAAAUAUUAGCACUUGGGGACAUUUUUAUGGAGUACCGUAAUCCAAUUUAUCUGAUAUCUGAUAUACAGGAAUUAGGAAAUUGUGUACAGGUUACCUACGCUACCGGUCAAAUCCACCCCAACAGAAAGAUCAAUUGAAUAAACAGGAAAAUCUAGUAGCAUAGCACUGAAUGUUCAAUUGAAAAUGUUUGAAAUAUGGGUGUUACAAAUCAGAGAAGCAAUGAUGUUACAUGCUUACCAUAUAUUUUCGAAAUAUUUCAAUUUUUUCUUCCAGUAAAGUAUAAUUUACUCUGAAGAAGAAAAGAGCCUGGUUAUCAUAAAAUCUAUGAAAAUUGAAAUGUUCAAUAUUUCAAUCAAUAAACUAUACAAAAGAAAAUUUGAAUGUGUAACAUUAAUUACUGGCUCCUUCAUUUCCAUACUGUCCAAGAUAUUUUUAUUUUUUUUUAUAAAUUGAAAAUGAAUGAAAAUUCCCAUAUUGCUUCCUAUUUUGGACAAAUUUGCAGUGCUCAGGGUGCUUAUUAGUGUUCUCUAUUUUUCCACUUCGCUGAUGGGGUGGACUGAGCCUUUUAGAUCAGAAAAAUGUCUAAUGCUAAUAAUAUACUGUUACAAUAUAUUGCUUAUAAUGGUCAGUGUAGAUAUGACUACCAACACAAAACCCUUUGCAUAGAAUUUGCAUUCAAUGUAGAUAAAUGAUGUUUGUGAUGAAUGUCUUGUUUUCUAACUGCGUUUUUGAAAGCCUGGUUCAUGUAUUAUCCUGUAAAUUUUUUAAUGAAUCCAUAAUGCAUGAUAUUUCAUGAAAAACUACAAAAUGGUUUUGAUUUCAAAGGAGAUGAAAAAUAGUUAAACAUAGUAUAUCUGUUCAAUUAGACCUUUGCCUGAGCAUUAUAAGGAAUCAAUCAAACACAACAAAAAUGACAUGAAGAAGCACAAUCUGUCACUUGAUGCUCAAAAAUAUAAAUCAUGCAGUGGUCAUACAGUGGUAAAAACAAAAGAAAAGAAGAGAAGGACAACUAAGCGAUGGAAUUUGUCAUUAAUUUACCUUUGACUUUUUGACUUUUGAGACAAAAUGACCUUGUUAUGACACCCAUCUCCAAGGGCUAGAAAUUUUCCCAAGUUAAUUUAUUUAUAUGUAAUACAGUCAGCUUUUCCUUGGCACUAAAGCGCCUCAAACCACAUAACAUCCAUUGUUCAUUGUUAUACACCUCAUUAAAGUUCUUUUUAUGAUUUUACUAAGGAAGAGUUGACUGUUCUAUUUCCCUCAGUUGUUAUAUAUAUUCCAGUAAAUCUUAUUUUAUGCGUAUUUAUUUAUGAACUUAUCUAUGUGUUCUUUUUACAUUGGUAAAGAAUUAGGCUGCCAUUUGUCGUGUGAUUUUAUUAUGCCACAGUUCUCCUCGUGAU